UUUUGAAAGCACCGUCUAGCCAAUCAGAAGACGCGAUACAAAUCACAUGUGUGGGAAGCAAGACUUUCGCGCAAAUAUAAGGCACGUGAAGCACGGUGGGCGCAAGAACUGGCUCUUUCCUUUCAGAAGUUGAAAGAGCUUGAGUCUUGGCAUUAUUUUUCGUCAAAUCGUCUUUACUAAUAACGAUUCACCAUGUCAACCGACUUCACUAAGGAUGAGGACUUUAAGUACCUUGCUAUAGAUCGUAAGGCUCUGCUGAAGGAGCAGCUCCCUUAUGACGGCAAGAAAGCCUGCUGGAUCACCGAUGAACAAGACGGCUUCACUCGUGCAGAAAUUGUUUCCUCCAAGGGUGACGAAAUCACUGUCAAAGUGCUGAGAAAUAAUGAGAACAGGACUGUGAAGAAGGAUGACCUUCAGCAGGUCAACCCACCUAAGUUCGAGUGCUGCGAUGACAUGGCCAACAUGACCUACCUGAAUGAAGCCUCUGUAUUGAACAACUUGAGACAGAGAUACUACCAUGGCUUCAUCUACACAUACUCUGGACUCUUCUGCGUCGCCGUGAACCCAUACCGUCGUCUGCCAAUCUAUCUGGACUCCAUCAUCAGCAAGUACCGCGGCAAGAGGAAGAUGGAAAUGCCACCCCACUUGUUCGCCGUCGCUGAAGCGGCCUUCCAGAACAUGUUGCAAGAUCGUGAGAACCAGUCCUGUUUGAUUACUGGUGAAUCUGGAGCUGGUAAGACUGAGAACACGAAGAAAGUAAUCAUGUACUUCGCCAAGGUGGCCGCUCAACUCCAGAAACAGACAGAGGAAGAGAAGGCAGCCGCCGCAGCCUCCAAGAAGGGUACCCUUGAGGACCAGAUUGUACAGGCUAACCCUGUACUUGAGGCUUACGGUAACGCCAAGACAACCCGUAACAACAACUCCUCUAGAUUCGGUAAGUUCAUCCGUAUCCACUUUGGUCCCACUGGAAAGAUCGCUGGAUGUGACAUUGAGACAUACCUGCUAGAAAAGUCUCGUGUAACAUACCAACAGUCUGCUGAGAGAAACUACCACAUCUUCUACCAGAUGUUAACACCUGCCUUCCCCAAGUACCACGAAAUGUGCCUGAUGAGCCCCGACCCAGGUCUCUUCUCAUUCAUCAACCAGGGUGUGCUGACCGUCGAUGGUAUUGACGACGUUGAGGAAAUGAAAGCCACAGAUGAUGCCUACGAUGUGUUGGGCUUCAGUCAGGAUGAGAAGAACAGCUUGUACAAGAUCACUGCCGCUAUCGUCCACUUUGGUGAGAUGAAAUUCAAGCAAGCCCCCAGAGAAGAACAGGCUGAAUGUGACGGCACAGUUGAGGCGGAGAAGGUUGCAUUACUUAUGGGUAUCAACUGCGGAGAUUUGAUCAAAGGUUUGCUUAAACCAAAGAUCAAGGUCGGUACCGAGUUCGUCACCCAGGGACGUAACAAGGAGCAAGUUGUCAACUCAGUCGGUGCUAUUGCUAAGUCCACCUAUGCCCGUAUGUUCGACUGGCUCGUCAAAAGAGUUAACCAGACCCUUGAUACAAAACAAAAGAGAAAUUACUACAUUGGUGUGUUGGACAUUGCCGGUUUCGAAAUUUUUGACUUCAACAGUUUUGAGCAAUUGUGUAUCAACUACACCAAUGAGAGACUCCAGCAGUUCUUCAACCAUCACAUGUUCGUACUGGAACAGGAAGAAUACAAGAAAGAAGGUAUCCAAUGGGAGUUCAUUGACUUUGGUAUGGACUUGCAAGCCUGCAUUGAACUGAUUGAAAAGCCCAUGGGUAUCUUGUCUAUUCUUGAAGAAGAAUGCAUGUUCCCCAAGGCUUCAGAUAAGACAUUUGAAGACAAACUGAUGACUAACCAUCUUGGAAAGUCAAAGGCCUUUGGUAAAGUCGUCAAGAGUAGAAAGGGAGGUGGCAACGCUCACUUUGAAUUGCAUCACUACGCCGGAGCUGUGCCUUACAACAUUACAUCUUGGUUGGACAAAAAUAAGGAUCCAUUGAAUGAGACUGUGGUCGGCACCCUUUCCGAAUCAAAGGAGCCGCUCGUGGCUGAAUUCUUCAAGUUACCACCAGCACCAGAAGGUGGCGGCGGUGGUAAGAAGAAGGGAAAGUCUUCUGCUUUCCAGACCAUCUCCUCUGUCCAUAGGGAAUCAUUGAACAAGCUGAUGAAGAACUUGUACACCACCCAUCCUCACUUUGUACGUUGCAUCAUUCCCAACGAGUUGAAGACUCCAGGCUUGAUUGAUGCCGCCCUCGUCCUCAACCAGCUCCAAUGUAACGGUGUACUUGAAGGUAUCCGUAUCUGUAGAAAGGGCUUCCCCAGCAGAAUCAUCUACUCUGAAUUUAAACAGAGAUAUUCCAUCCUGGCUGCUGAUGCUGUCCCUGCAGGUUUCCAUGACGGCAAAGAAGUCACGACCAAAAUUCUGGCUGCUCUGCAGAUGGACCCUAACGAAUACAAGAUCGGAAACACCAAGGUCUUUUUCAAGGCUGGUGUAUUGGGUAAUCUUGAAGACAUGCGUGAUGAACGUCUUUCCAAAAUUGUCUCCCUGUUCCAGGCCCAUAUCAGAGGUUACCUCAUGCGCAAACAGUAUAAGAGACUUGGAGACCAAAGAACUGCAUUGUCUAAAAUCCAGAAUAACAUCAGGAAAUAUAUGGUUUUGAAAAACUGGCAGUGGUGGAAACUUUACACUAAGGUCAAGCCUCUGCUCAGUGCUGCUGCAGCUGAAGAUGAGAUGAACCAGAUGAAGGAAGAAUUUGCUAAAACAAAGGAGGAACUUGCCAAGGUUGAAAAGAUCAAGAAGGAGCUGGAAGAAAGAUGUGUUGUUCUCCAGAGAGAAAAGGACGAUCUUAAACUGGAAUGCUCCGCAGAGCUUGAUACUCUUGCUGACAUGGAAGAAAAAGUUGAAAACCUUAUACAGCAAAAGGCCGAAUAUGAAAGUCAAAUUAAGGAACUCGAAGACAAAUGUUUAGAUGACGAAGAGGCUGUUGCUGCUCUUGAAGCUGCCAAGGCUGCAAUGAAGGAAGAGACAGCUAGGCUCAAAGGAAACAUCGAAGAGCUUGAGGGAUCUUUAAAGAAAGCUGAACAAGAAAAACAACACAAGGACAAUCAAAUCAGAACUCUUCAAGAUGAGAUGACGCAACAAGAUGAGCAAAUUGGAAAACUCAACAAAGACAAGAAGAAUUUGGAAGAAACUGUUAAGAAAACGCAAGAUGCCCUUGCCGCUGAAGAAGACAAAGUCAAUCACCUCAACAAACUCAAACAAAAGCUUGAAUCUACUCUUGAUGAACUUGAGGAUAACCUUGAGCGCGAGAAGAAAGUCCGCGGUGAUGUAGAAAAGGUCAAGAGGAAGGUUGAGCAGGACCUCAAGGCCACCCAGGAAAUGGUUGACGAACUAGAACGUGUCAAGGGCGACCUUGAAGGCAACGUUAAGAAGAAGGAAGCUGAAAUCAAAAGCCUCAAUGCAAAACUCGAAGACGAGCAAGGACUAGUUGCCCAGCUCCAGAGAAAGAUCAAGGAACUCCAAGCGCGUAUUGAAGAACUCGAAGAAGAACUUGAGACCGAGAGACAGAACAGAGCUAAGGUUGAGAAACAGAGAAACGAACUCAACCGUGAACUCGAAGAACUUAGUGAGCGUCUGGAUGAAGCUGGUGGUGCUACUGCUGCUCAAAUUGAGUUGAACAAGAAACGUGAACAGGAACUUCUUAAACUUCGCCGUGAGCUUGAGGACUCCGCUCUUGAACAUGAAUCCACCAUCUCCUCCCUGCGCAAGAAGGCACAAGAUACCAGCAAUGAAAUGGCUGACCAAGUCGACCAGCUUACCAAAGUCAAACAGAGGAUUGAAAAAGAGAAACAACAGCUGAAGCACGAAAUCGCUGACUUGCAAGAUCAGCUUGCAAAUGCUUCGAAGAAGGGAGGCAUGUCUGAGAAGAUGUCCAAACAAGUUGAGGCUCAAAUCUCUGACCUUAACGCACGUCUUGACGAGAGCGGAAGAAACAUCCAAGAAUUACAGUCCUCUAAAGCAAGAUUGCAAUCUGAAAACUCUGAACUCACUCGCCAGCUUGAGGAAGCAGAAAGCAAGGUCAACCAGCUGUCACGUGACCGCUCAAACCUUGCAACCAUCCUUGAUGAAGCCAAACGUAGCUUGGAAGACGAAACUAGGGCUCGUCAGAAACUGUCUGCUGAAUUGCGCAACUUAAUGGCUGACAUGGAUGCUCUCCGUGAACAACUUGAGGAAGAAAGUGAGGCUAAGGCCGACCUUCAAAGACAACUCUCCAGAGCUAACGCUGAAGCUCAGUCAUGGCGCGUCAAGUACGAGACAGAAGGUAUGGCACGUGCUGAGGAACUCGAAGAGAUUAGACGAAAACUCACAAGCAAGCUUCAAGAGACUGAAGCUUCCCUAGAAGCCGCAAGUUCUAAGGUCAGUGCUCUUGAGAAGACGAAAUCUAGACUCCAGCUGGAACUCGAGGAUGCUGUUGUAAAUAGUGACAGAGCUUCAUCCUUGGUUACACAACUUGAGAAGAGAAACAGAUCAUUCGACAAGACCAUUGCGGACUGGCAGGCAAAGGUACACUCCCUGCAGGCCGAAGUAGAAAGCGCACAGAAGGAAAGUAGAAGCUACUCUUCUGAGUUGUACCGAACAAAGACUCAGUAUGAAGAAAUAGUCUCAACUGUUGACACAUUGAGAAGAGAGAAUAGCAACCUUACAGCUGAGAUCCACGACUUAAGUGACCAAAUAUCGGAGGGAAGCAGAAACGUGCACGAAAACGAAAAGAUCCGUCGUCGUCUCGAGUUGGAAAAACAAGAACUUCAGGCUGCUCUCGAAGAAGCAGAGGGAGCCCUUGAACAGGAAGAGGCAAAGGUAACACGUACUCAACUUGAGAUGGCUAGUAUCCGUUCCGAAAUUGACAGACGCAUUGCCGAGAAGGAUGAGGAAUUUGAAAACACAAGACGCAAUCAAGCUCGUGCUCUUGAAUCUAUGCAAGCGACACUCGAAGCAGAGGUCAGAACCAAAACUGAAGCACUCCGUGUACGCAAGAAGCUUGAAAAGGAUAUCAACGAACUUGAAUCCGCUGUUGACACUGCUAACCGUGUAAGAGCGGAUAUGGAAAAGAAUGCCAAGAGAUAUCAAGAACAAUGCAGAGAGUUCCAGGCCGCUCUUGAGGAAGAAAGGCGCAAGACCUCAGAGGCUAUUGAGUCUAUAUCAAUUGUUGAGCGACGUGUAACUGCCGUCCAGAUGGAAUCAAAUGAAUUGCGCAACGCAGUUGAAGUCGCUGAACGAGCUCGUAAGGCAGCUGAAAACGAACUUGUUGAGACCUCUGAUCGUGUUAAUGAGCUUUCAUCUCAGCUGCAAAGUAUUUCCGGCCAGAAGAGGAAACUUGAAGCCGAUAUCAGUGCAAUGAAUGCUGAUCUCGAAGAAAUGAGCGGAGAAAUCAGACGUGCCGACGAACAGGCCAAAAAGGCAAUGAUUGACAAUGCUCGCUUUGCUGAUGAGUUACGAGCAGAAAAAGAGCACUCAUCUUCUGUUGAGAAGAUGCGUAGGUCCCUUGAAACUCAGUUGAGGGAAGUUUCACUGCGUCUCGACGAAGCUGAGUCGAAAGCGCUCAAGGGAGGAAAGGCCGCCAUUGCCAAGCUCGAAUCAAGGAUUGUUGAACUUGAAAAUGAGCUUGACAGUGAACAACGCCGCCACGCUGAAACCCAAAAGAACACUCGCAAAGCUGACCGUCGUCUGAAGGAACUCGCCUUCCAGGUCGAUGAGGACAGGAAGAACCAAGAUCGUCUGCAAGACUUGAUUGAUAAACUUCAGAACAAGAUCAAGGUUUACAAACGCCAGGCCGAGGAAGCUGAGGAGGUAGCCGCCAUUAACUUGGCUAAGUACAGAAAGGUUACGGAUGAGCUGGAAAGUGCCGAGGAGCGCGCAGACUCCGCUGAAAACUCCUUGCAGAAGGCUCGUCUCACAAACCGAAGUCUUUCCGCCACCCAAAGUUCAAGCACUGUUGUGAAGAGGACAAAAAUUGUUCACGAAGCCUAAACACAAAAAUCUCACGUAAAGACGAUUUUGAUACUUGGUUCCCUUGAAGUUAUUCCGCUUCCAUCGUACUUCUUAGUACCUCAACAUCUUUCUAACCAUCGAGAGUGAUGACAUCAGUAUUAUGGAGGAGAUAUACGUUGAAACGCUCCACAAAUGGGACACUCCACAAUUGAUUAGUGUUGAAACACUGAUAAAUACAGUAAAAUGUGAAAGGACGGUGCUGUUUGAGUGUAUUCUUUACGGCUCUUGGUUACAUUAACUUUGAUUUACGCGAGACACUACAUAAAAUAUAUGCCAAGACUCAUAUUUAUUUAAAAAAGAUAUUGUAACCAAGUAAGUAUCAGGAUAGACAAAAUCUGCACUAUAAGACCUAUAAGACAAUUAUAUUCAUCGGUCAUCUUCAUGAGAACUUGCCGUGAUCAUAAACUAUAAAAAGGACAGCUCCAUAGUGGCCCCAGUGUAAUAUGUUCCCUGGAAAAUUAACUGGGGUCAGCAGUAUGAUCUCUCGUUUGGUAAUUGUUGAUGACAUAUUUGUAUUGUUAUAUAGACCACAUGGCUCUAUGAAGGAUUGUCGUAUGGCUAUGUAGAAAAAUACAAUGUUACCUUGUUUACCUUCACGAAUAAAGAAGAAAAAACCA